AUGUCAGAAGCCAAAUCCCACGAGCUCUACCAAGAGCCGGCCCCAAGCGGGUCGCCCGGCCCCACCACGGCGCAAGACUCCGACAGCCCCAGCGACGCCGGCGAGGCACCGGCCACUGCCAAGGCAGGCAAUGAGAAACCCUCCGACAUUGUCCACGCUCUCGAGGUCGAGCACGGUAUCAAGGAGAAGGCCCUCAUUCGGAAGAUUGACUACAAGCUGUUACCAGCCCUUGGUCUUCUUUACCUCCUGUCCUUCCUUGAUCGCUCCAAUGGUUUGACCAUGUACUUCAUUGGUUAUGUCCUUUUCGAGAUUCCGGCGAACAUUGUGCUCAAGAGGACGUCUCCUCAGUUCUGGUUGCCUACUCUCUGUGUCGCAUGGGGCAUCGUGGCCACUCUCCUGGGCAUAGUCCACAACUUGGCUGGCUUCCUCUCCGCUCGCUUCUUCCUGGGAGUGGCAGAGGCAGGCUAUUUCCCUGCCGUGGUCUACAUUCUGUCGAUGUACUACAAGCGUGAUGAGCGACAGUACCGCAUCUCCCUGUUUUUCAGCGCUGCCUCGCUAGCAGGCGCCUUUGGCGGCAUCCUCGCCUACGGAAUUGGCCGUAUGAGGGGAGUUGUGUGGGACAACAGCUGGCGCUGGAUCUUCAUUCUUUUACUGACAUCUCCUCAGGAGGGCAUUGCAACCGUGGUUAUCGGUGUGGCCGCAUACUUCUUCGUCCAGAACUAUCCGGACACUGCUAAAUUCUUCACCGAGCCCGAGCGCAAGUUCGUCUACGCUCGGUUGGCCGCCGACUCGGACGCUACACACGCAGAACCGUUUACUUGGGCAGCAGUUGUGAGCGCUCUCAAAGAUCCCAAAUGCUGGCUCUACGGCUUCGGCUUCCACACCAUGAGUCUUCCUCUGUACACGUUCAGCCUCUUUCUUCCUACCAUCAUUCGCGAUCUGGGCUACUCAAGCUGGCGAGCGCAGCUCUUGACGGUCCCGGUCUAUGCCUUUUCGUUCGUCACUACCUUGGCUGUUGCCAUUUAUUCGGAGCGUCUCAAGCAGCGAGCCAUCUUCAUCGCUGGAUCGUCGUUCUUCGCUAUCAUCGGCUACAUCAUGCUGCUCGCCAACUCGGAUCCCACCGGACGGCCGGGCCUCUCGUAUGCCGGCACGUUCUUUGCGGCCGGCGGCAUCUACCCCGCCACAGCUCUUGUGCUGUCUUGGCCUGCUAUCAACGUCUCUGGGCAGACCAAGCGAGCCAUCGGCAAUGCCAUGCAGAUCACGAUUGGCAACUGCGGCGCGAUCCUUGGAACCCAGCUCUACCGAGCCAACGACGGCCCUAGGUUCAUUGUCGGCCACUCCUUUGCCUUGGCCUAUCUCGCCGCCAAUAUUUUGGUUUGUGCCACUCUUCGCUUCAUCCUCAAGAGGGAGAACACGCGCCGUGAGCAGAUCGCCAAGGAGGUCAAGGAGAUUGGCGAAUUGACGGAUUGGCCUGGUGACUCGGACCCCAGGUGGCGAUUCCAGUACUAA